AUGGAGUCUGGAGGAGUGAUUGUGGAGGCGAGCUGGGACUCGCUUGGACUAUCGUCGCAGGCUGAGGAGUCGGAGAUGAUGGAGCAGCUGCUCGGCACCUUCCCCUCCAAUGGCGAUGAAUCUCACCACCAGGAGCUGCCUUGGUCUGUCCAAGCCUCAGAUGCAUACUAUGCCCAUUGUAAUGGUAGCUCUAAUGCGUACAGUUCCGCUAGUAGCAACAGUGUUGGUAGUCUCAUCCUCGAUGUGCCGUCUGAUUACGGGGGCUUCUAUUUGGGCGACUCAAAUGGGCUGGACCUGAAUAUGGUCCAGGAGCAAGGUGCAUCUCAGUUUAUGGAUGCCAUCCUCAACCCUUCCUAUGGGAAUGGCGAUUCAAGCUGCGAAGAUCUUAGCAUGAACCUGCUAGACUCCAUCGAUGACACUUCUAACAAGAGAAAGCGCCAGGAUCAAGGGAAAGAGGCUGACGAAACAAGGGGUCGGAAAUGCUCGAGGAAGGCCGACUCAAAGCGGGCAAAGAAGAUCAUGCAACAUGGAGGCGAGGAUGGCGCCAUUGCUGCCACCACAAAAGGGCAAAGCAUAAGCUGCUGCACGUCUGAAAUUGACUCUCAAGAGUCUCCUGUUGCCUCUAACCCCAAGGGAAAGACUCAGGCUGGCCGUCAGCCGACAACCGAUCCCCAGAGCCUCUAUGCAAGGAAAAGAAGAGAAAGGAUCAAUGAGAAGCUGAAGGUACUGCAGAAACUUGUUCCGAAUGGAACCAAAGUAGAUAUCAGCACUAUGCUUGAGGAGGCGGUGCAGUAUGUGAAGUUCUUGCAGCUUCAAAUCAAGGUCCUCAGCUCCGAUGAUAUGUGGAUGUAUGCGCCGAUUGCGUACAAUGGGAUGAACAUCGGGAUCGAUUUGAACCUCUCUUAG